CUCAAGGGGGUUCUACCCACCUCCGAUGCUUGUUUUUCCUCACUCUCCCGCGCGGCGAGCAUCAGAGGCACGCACCUGCACAAGCAAGCACGAAGUUGGCCUUGGGCCGAGGCUGGGCACGGCAUGGCGUGCCGGAGGGCAUACGGGCCGUCGCCCUCCUGAUGUGCUUGCUGAGAUUCUGGGUCAAGCUAUCCAUGCGCCAGGUACGCGGGGGCCCGAAUAAUGGCGUCGUUUAUUUCUGUCUGCAGCUAGUUGUGUCGACGUGUGCUACGGCAGACGGCGCCGCCUGCAAAGACUGGGGCCCGCUGCGAGAUCUGACCCUCGUGAACUUCCACGUGUUGAAGACGGGGGGCACCUCCUUCUGGGUCGGAACUGCUCCGCACUUGCCAAAGAAAUUUCCGCUCAAUGCCAACGAGCAGUCCAGCCGCUUGCACAAAGGUUGCGCAAGCAGCAUAGCUGGUCACUGCUCGCUGCCCGAGCUUCAAAAUUGCAUCGGGAACGGAUGGUCACCAGUGCAGGGGAGGCACGCGUACAUCACCAUUUUGCGCGAUCCUGUGGAUCGUGUGAUGUCGGAGUUCUAUUUCUUGGCGAAGGUUCCCGAUUUGCGCGCCACAAACUGGUGCCCAGAGCUGCAGCGGAUCGUUGAUCCCAUGCAGGAGCGCAAGGUGCUAGAGAAACCGAGCUUGGACCAUUUGACAGAGUGGGUAAUGUCCAGGUUUAACCACGCGCACAACCGUCAAACGAAGCAGAUAGUUGCACCCAUCAAGCCCUUCAAGCAGAAGCGCCCGAUCUGUUUGAACAGGGACGUGCCGUGGUACUACGAGCUCUGGCUUGGUGCGACCGGCCACGAGAGGGAGACUCUGGAAGAAGCUUUGAAUGAGGACUCCAGCCUUGUGGAGCGCGCCAAGGAAGAGCUGGCCUCGAAUUUCGCGUUCGUCGCAAUCCUGGAGCGGCUCGAGGAGUCCCAGGCCGCCCUGGCGAGGCUGCUGGGGAUCGAGGCGGGGCUGCUGCGGACGAGGGUGCACGCCGCGAGUGCGAAGCCCAGGCGGCGGGACGUCCCCGAGGAGGUGCUCGCGGCGAUAGAGGUCGAAGAAGAGAACACGGCACAAACACGGCACAAACAUAACGACCCUCCAAAUGUCCUGUUUGUCGGGGGAGGACGACUGUGCAGAUCUGCCUCGCUCCUACAGGCUUCAAGAGUGCCUGAGCCCAUCUCCAGAGAUGAGGUGGUCGUGGGCGAAGCGCUGGAGACUGCGGGCCAGCUUGCGGUGAUCUGUGCUGCAAGGAGCCAAUAUUUAGUUGUCCGACAGCGGGCCACAUUCUUAACGUAAACGAGAUGCCCGAAACCUAGUGCCAGUGGCCGUGGUGGAGCUAAUCCCUGGGGGUGAUGCCACUGGCCAUGGUGGAACGAAACCACUGGGAGGAUGUUUGUCCAGAUGCCCACUGAGGUUUUGGUCAUGCCUCGAAGAGCCUGGGGGGGUGACUCUCACCAGUCUGCUUUCGAUGGAGAUGAGAACUUCUGGAUCCUUGGCUCUGGCAUUCCUGGCUCUCCAGGAGGGAAGGGAAACCAGCUCAGGAGGGGGGAGGGAUGAUGAACGAGGCGGGCCACCUCAAUUUUAGGCCACCCGCGGGGUCGCGAAGAUCAUCGCGCCUCGCUCGUCGCCGUCUGGGCCAGAGCGGCCGCCCCUCUCCACGGGGGCGGCGCGAGGGCGCGAGAGCGCGGAGGUGGCCGCGCGCCGCGCACCGAGGGGCGCAGUGCGCCAAGCUAGGCGACCGAGGUUGCUCCGGAU